ACGGUCAACGCAUCGACCGAACACAACUUUAUACACAUAAAACUCGAGUGUAUCUUUAAGAUACAAAAAAGGGGGAUGGGUCAAUUUUCAUCGAAACGGGUCACGAAUAACCUAAAAAAUUCAACAGAAUUCACGACAGCAUGCAAAACAGUAUACCAACAAUCCAUAACACUGGCGCAACAAACAUUCCAAGGUAUCCCACUUUACCAAAUCCCAUCAGCAUCCAACAAUCUUUACACUAUUCUCACAAAUGAUACCACCCACAUCCCUCUAAUCAACAAAUGGGUCACUGCCCCACCCACCCAUUCACAAAUCCAUAAAUCCCUUCAAAAAAUACAUCAUGAUGAUGACAGUAUUGUGAUUGUUGGAGAGGAAGAGUUUGAGGAGUUUGCAGUGAGUUUGUUUGCAGAUAUAAUUGUUGGGAAUGUUGAGAAAGAUGUGUUGGUUAAGGUUGUUCCUGUUGGGGUUGUUGGAUUUGGAAUGGUUGGGAGAGUUGGGAUGAAUGUUGUUGGAACUGUUUUUGGUGUUUAUGCUCUUGGUGUUGUUACUAAUGUUUAUCUUACUCUGGGAGGCUGAUGCUUUUUCUACUAUUAUCUAUAUCUAAAAAGGAGGUUUAUUAAAAGAAUGCAGAUAAGCUCCAAACAGAACAUCCUGCAUACAUCAUUUGGGAGACGAGUAUUUGUAAUAUCAUUUCUGUAACUAUGUGAUUUUAUAGUUCUUAUAAUUUGUUAAUGUUGGUUUAUUA